UAUGUCCACACAUGACCAUUUAAAACCAUCCUGGUAAUCCUUUAUCUUUUCUCAGACACCUGCAGAGUUGGUUAGUAGGACGGAGGGAUUAUACACUUUACUGGAGACAAUACAAAGACUUUAACAGCAGCAGCCAUGGUGGACGCCGCAGCAGCAGAACAGUUCCUGGACGCCAACCCGCAAUUCGCCAAAGAGUACUACGACAUCAAUUUCCGACCUAAGGUCAUCUCGGACCUGCUGGAUGGCAACCGUAAGACGGUGUUGGACAUCAGCAAGUUCCACGACCUGACGGCGGUGGACGAGAGCGAGAUCCUCUUCGACUUGGUGCGGGACAUCCAGGACAACCUGCAGAUGGAGAAGUCCGUCUUCAACCUCAUGAGACACCUCAGCUUCAUGAUGAGGGCCGACCGCAUGAGUCUCUUCAUGUACCGGCAGAGGAACGGUGUGGCUGAACUUGCAACAAGGUUAUUUAAUGUCCAUAAAGAUGCAGUGUUUGAUGAGUGUCUGGUGCCACCUGACAGUGAGAUUGUUUACCCGUUGGAUAUGGGCAUCGUGGGCCACGUGGCCACCAGCAAGAAGAUGGUCAACAUUCCUAAUGUGGCUGAGAGCCCUCAUUUCAGCGACUUUGUGGAUGAAUUGACGGAGUAUCAGACCAAGAACGUCCUAGCCAUCCCGAUCAUGAACGGUAAAGACAUGGUGGCGGUCAUGAUGGCCGUCAACAAGCUGGACGGGCCGUGCUUCACUGCCAAGGAUGAAGAGACCCUGAACAAGUACCUGAACUUUGCCAACCUGGUCCUGAGAGUUUUCCAUCUGAGCUACCUGCACAACUGUGAGACCAGGAAGGGACAGGUGCUGCUGUGGUCGGCCAGCAAGGUGUUUGAAGAGCUGACAGACAUAGAGAGGCAGUUCCACAAAGCCUUGUACACAGUCAGAGCUUUCCUCAACUGUGACCGCUACUCCGUGGGUCUGCUGGACAUGACCAAGACCAAGGAGUUCUUUGACCUGUGGCCUGUUCUGAUGGGAGAAGUUCCACCAUAUGAUGGACCCAAAACUCCUGAUGGCAGGGAAAUCAUCUUCUACAAAGUGAUUGACUACAUCCUCCACGGCAAAGAGGACAUCAAAGUCAUACCGAAUCCUCCUCCGGACCACUGGGCCCUGAUCAGCGGUUUACCAACCUACGUCGCAGAGACCAGUCUGAUCUGUAACAUAAUGAACGCAGCAGAGGAUGAAACUUUUGAAUUCCAGACAGAGCCUCUGGACAACUCUGGCUGGACCAUUAAGAACGUCCUGUCUAUGCCAAUUGUCAACAAGAAAGAGGAGAUAGUGGGUGUGGCCACGUUCUAUAACAGGAAGGAUGGGAAACCCUUUGAUGAAAUGGACGAAACACUGAUGGAGUCUCUGACCCAGUUCCUGGGCUGGUCGGUGCUGAACACCGACACCUAUGAUAAGAUGAACAAGCUGGAGAACAGGAAGGACAUCUUCCAGGACAUGGUGAUGUACCACGUCAAGUGUCGCAAGGAUGAAAUCCAGAACGUUCUGAACACCAGGGAGAGAUGGGGGAAGGAACCAGAUGAGUGCGAAGAGGAGGAGCUCCAAGAGAUUCUGUCUGAGGUUUUGCCGGACUCUAAGAAAGCUGAGAUCUUCGAGUUUCACUUCUAUGACGCUCAUCACACUGAACUGGACCUGGUGAAGUGUGGCAUCAAGAUGUACUAUGAACUGAAAGUGGUGGACAAGUUUCACAUUCCCAGAGAGGCCCUGGUGAGAUUCGUAUACUCCUUAAGUAAAGGCUACAGGAAGAUCACCUACCACAACUGGAGGCACGGAUUCAACGUCGGGCAGACCAUGUUCACCCUGCUGAUGACAGGUGAUCUGAAGCGUUACUACACAGACCUGGAGUGUAUGGCCAUGGUGACCGCUGGCCUCUGCCAUGAUAUUGACCACAGAGGAACCAACAACCUCUAUCAGAUGAAGUCUGGUAAUCCUCUGGCGAAGCUUCAUGGCUCCUCCAUCUUGGAAAGACACCAUCUGGAGUUUGGCAAGACUCUGCUGAGAGAUGAUGCGUUGAACAUUUAUCAGAAUCUGAACCGCCGUCAACACGACCUCGUCAUCCACCUCAUGGACAUUGCCAUCAUCGCCACUGACCUGGCUCUCUAUUUCAAGAAGAGGGCGAUGUUCCAGAAGAUUGUGGACCAGUCCAAGACCUACGAGAACUGGAACGACUGGACCAAGUACAUGAUGCUGGAGACCACGCGUAAAGAGAUCGUCAUGGCCAUGAUGAUGACUGCCUGUGACCUGUCUGCUAUCGCCAAACCGUGGGAGGUUCAGAGCAAGGUGGCGCUGUCUGUAGCUGCAGAGUUCUGGGAGCAGGGAGACCUCGAGAGGACAGUCCUGGAGCAACAGCCGAUUCCGAUGAUGGACAGAAACAAAGCAGACGAGCUGCCGAAGCUGCAGUGUGGUUUCAUCGACUUUGUCUGCGCUUUUGUGUACAAGGAGUUCAGCCGUUUCCACGUGGAGAUCACUCCCAUGCUGGACCGCCUGUUGAACAACAGGAAGGAGUGGAACGCCCUGAAGGAGGUGCACGAGGCCAAACUGGCCGCCCUCGAGGAGGCCAAGAAAGCCAAGGAGGAGGCAGCUCAGCAAGCUGUGGCAUCCAAACAGGCGGCGGGUGCAGCCCAGGCACAAUCAAAGACUUGUAUUCUGAGCUAAAUCUAUUGUUGUGGUCCAACACUGGAUUUCCCCAGUUUUUUUUUUUUUUUUGGUGGGAUUUUGUGAGAUCACACCUGAAAAAUCUAGCUUCCAGAGAGGGCAUCUCUCACUGUCUCCUCCAGCUGCAUUUAUUUAAACCUUCCUUCUGCUCUGCUUCUUCCUGUCCCUACUUUGAUACUGUAUUACUCAUUAGAUGCACUGGGCUUGAUGGUGUGUUCAGGUGUUUGUUGGAAGCUCCAACAUAUAAGAUUUGAGAAUCAGCUACCAAAAAGCAUCACAUGCAGCGGUCUAUGUAGUGUACGCUGUCUGAAAAUCAAAUCUGGCAGAGCUGCAGUAAGGAAACAUGGACCUUGUCAAAAUUUGGAAGCUUUUUUCCAUUCAAAAUGUUCUUGUUAAUAUGACAACUCAGGCGUUGAAUGUCAGCUACCUACAAGCCAUUUCAAUACACCAACAAGACAGUUUCCAGAACAGUCGCUACUUCCACAGUAUUACCAUGCAUGACUCUUUAAAGAGAUUUAUAAAGCUGCAGCAGCAGCUGCAUAGAAAGAUACAUGAUAUAGAAAAUGUUGAGUAGCACUCAGUCUGUUGAGUAGCUAAUGGACAAACCAUCAGUUUGUUCCUGAGUAUCUGUGAUGAUGGCUGGUGUGUUAACCGCAGAUGGAAUCUACACCAACCUUUAAUCUGUGCUUGUUCAACAAAUCCAGCACCUCCAGAUUAAACUUGAUGCUCGUGUGUCAGCUUGGAAUUUGUGUCAACAGUACAUGCGCUAAGAUAAUAUUUACUGU